CGUCUCCUUGUUUGUUUAUCGCUCUUGCGCUUGAAGUUGCCGGCCCUGUGACUACCCUUGCAACACUGACGGUUUGUUGCCUCUGCAGAUUCGAAGCAUCGAAAAUGAUAAAGAGACGAUUCUACAGGCUUGAACAUGGUGAAAGAGACAGUGGAUCCGAUUCUUCUUCCUUCUCUUCUGACUCCGAGGUUGAGACAGAAGAUUUAGCAGAGUCCGAGGAUGAUGUCGCUGCAGAGGUGUCGGAAGAUGAUUCUUUGUCGGAGCGUAACGAAGAGGAUGAUGAACCCAGCCCUGCUUCGUCAGGUCCUGUAAAUGCCGAUAGUCGCAGUGACAACGUUAACGUUGAUGUUGGUGUUGAUGAUGACGAUGACGAUUCUGAUCAUGCUGAUGAAUAUAGAGAGAAAAUGAGAAAGACGAAAGUAUCUUCUCGACCUGGUUUUGAAGCACUGUCUACUAAAUUUGAUGCUGUGGGUGAGAAGGAAGAACAUGACCAAGAUAUCCCAGAUUGUAUGAUAAGAUGCAAGUCAGUUUUCAAAUGCAGAUACUGUCCAAAUACCAUUUGUCUGAAUGAUGCAACGAUGCGAGCACAUGUUGCGUCAAAGAAACACGCUCGUUCAGAGAGAUUACUAAAGCAAGGAAAAUCCAAUGGCAUUGACAGUGAUGGAGAAGUGGAUAACCAGGAGGUUACUGAAGAGACACAUGUUCUUGACGCUAAUUUAGUGCAGGAGAAACAGAAAAGGGGAAGCAAGAGAUCAAGAAGACAGCUCAAAAGGAAGGAAAAUGUAAAGGAAACAACCAACAAGAAUGGAGAAGAUGUGGAGAUUGCCAAACUGCCUAAAAAGAAAAGGGCACAGACGAAGGGCUGAAGCCACCGUUCUUGAAGCAAUAUGCAUACGAAGUGGAAAGAUUCACCGAUUCGCUGUAAGAUUACAGAGGAGAUGUCGAAGAAGAAGAAGAAUGAUUGGCUGGUUGGUUGAGUCUAGAUGAUGAUUAUAUUUGAUGUGUAGUGUUACAUGGAAUCAGAUUGAAACUCUAAAAGAGAUGUACUUUUGAUAUUAAAGUUAUCAAGUCCAUGCAAUUUUUGAUCCAUAA